CCGCUUUGCGUCCCGGUACCUCAGCCCUCAGCCUUAUUUCACUCCGAAAUGUCCAACCAAGUGAUGCUCCCUCGAGAAUCCGGCAGUUUUACUCCGAAAUGUCCAACCAAGUGAUGCUCCCUCGAGAAUCCGGCAGUUUUAUUGCUUCUCACAGCAAAGAUGUCAGUCUUUGCGAAGAAGGGAUCUCUAGAGCUUCAGAAAUAGUCUUCAAAUCGCUUAAGUCCAAUGCAUACAGUUAUAAGACUUGGAAAGAUCACGAGUUGCAUCCAAAGGAGAUGUCAAAGGCGACUGUUGACUGGAUAUUUGUGCUAGACACACUGAACUUCUCAUUUUGGGUUGACGACGGACUAGAGCCAUGGACUAUAAGGCAUAAGGGAAAAGACUUUCAAGGUUACUGGGCUUUAUGCGCUGGAAUUAAUCGAGCUAUAGAGGAAGGGAUCCACCUUACAAGCCCAUCAUACUACCGUAACAUCACUAUAGAUGACCUCAAACACAUUUUCAGAUCAGAAACCUCGACUGAAAUGCCACUUCUGGAGGAAAGAGCAAAAAAUCUAAGAGAAACAGGAAAUAUCCUUGCACAAACCUUCCAAAACUCAUUUGCACACAUGAUUUUAUUAGCUAAUAAGAGUGCAAAACUUCUUCUUUCCAUGGUUAUAAACAAUUUUGAUUGUUUUCGUGAUGAUGGAGAUUUUUGCAACCAAAAGGUUUCGUUUUAUAAACGAGCACAAAUUCUUAUUGCUGAUACAUGGGCAUGUUUUGAAGGCAAAGGUUUUGGUGAAUUUCCUGACAUAGAUUUUCUUACAAUGUUUGCUGACUACAAAGUUCCUCAAGGACUUUACGAUCUUGGUGUCCUGCAGUUUUCUGAAGCCCUAAAACAAAAGCUGGUCACUGGACAGCUAAUACCUCAUGGUGACCAGCUUGAAAUGGAGAUAAGAGGGAACUCCAUAUGGGCUGUCGAAAAGAUCUAUCUGGCAGUCAAACUAAAGGCCAAAAAGUCACCAGAGUUCUCGAAUAUGGAUUCUCUUGAAUUAGCCCAAUAUCUAAAUUCUGUAAUAAUAGAUUUUUAUUUGUGGGAUUUUUCAAAGAAUGUAGAAGCAAGAGCAAGUAUUCCAUGCCACAAGACAAGAACAAUAUUUUAUUAACCAAAAUGCUAUGGAAAGGUUAUUCCAGGACAAAUGUAAAUUAAUUUGAAUAUUUUUGGCUUUUAUUUUCACGUGAUUAUUAAAAAAGUGUGUUGAUUGGAUCAGAAAAAUACUUUCAAAUACUAUCCUUUAUAUUGACAUAUGUAUUAAAAAUGUGUAUUUGA